AUGAAUAGCACCUAAACAUAAGAAAUUACAUUUAGAAAAGUUAAAUUCGAAGAAUCAAGUUUAGUAGCAAGAUUUUAGUAUGAUAUGGCUAAAGAAACUGAAGGAAAAGAGUUAAAUUAGUAAGAAGUAACAGAAGCAAUUGACACAAUAUAUAAGAAUCCAAAUUUAGGAUUCUUUUUAGUUGGAGCAACAGCUGAAGAAGAUAAAGCUAUUUCAUCAGAACUGAUAACAUUCAGCCACGAUAUUUAUAGAUCAAUAAAUGUAUGGUGGUUUUAGAGCGUCUUUGUUGAGAAACAAUUUAGAGGAUCAGGAGUUUUUAAAGGAAUGUUUCACGAAGUUGAAAAAAUAAACAAGGACAAUUAAUAUCCUUUGAGAUUAUAUGUAGAAAAUGAUAACACGAGAGCUCAAUAGGUUUACCAGAGAUUAGGAAUGUUUGACUCAAACGAGAUAUUUGUAGAAGAUGAUUUUUAUUUUAAUGAUAAAAAAGUUUACAAACACACAGACUAAUUUGUUUUUUCACUCGCUUCUAUUUAAGAAGCUGAGCAAUUAAAGAAUGACUUAAAAAAUUCUUCUCUGGAAACACUUAUGAAUAAAAAAAUGACAUCGAUUGAAAAUACAUUAAAAAGUAUAGAUUUUAUUAUGUAACAAAGCGAUUUUGGAGGUAUUUUUGUAGUUAAAAGCUCUGAAACUUCUUAAAUAAUAGGCUAUUUGCCUGUUUUCUAUGAAAUGUCAGAUUGGAGAAACGGAAUUUAGAUCUACAUUUAUGAUCUCAGAAUAUUGUCAGAACUCAAAUAAAAAACUAAUUUAGUUGAUUUGGCUUCUAGUUUUAUGUAUUUCCUUAAAAAGAUUUACAAUCCAAAGAUACGUUUAACAAAUAUAAGAUGGAUGAUUGAUGAACUUUGCCCCUUUAAAAAUACUUUAGUUGAGGCAGGUUUGGAACUUGGGCAUUACAGAAUUUAUGAAAAAAAUAAAUUUUGA